AUGGGAGAGAAGAACAAGAGAGAAAGUGAGAAGCUUAACAGCAUUCCUGAUGCUAUUGGGUCACUCGUCGCUCGGCAAAUGACCCUGCAUUUCUGCAGUCCGGAGUCCAGCAUCACCUCCUCACAGGGCUACAUCAGCCGUAGUCUCGGCCGGCUGAUGCAGCGCACCGCGUCUGCCCGCAGCAAAGCCAACUUCGUCACUGCCGGUGGCCCCAUGAGUGAGCGACGCAGGAACCUCUCCGCAGGCUGCAGUGAGGAGCUGUUCUCCGAUCACGCGGCGAUCGAUGUGAAUUCCGUUGUCAAAAAAACUGGCGACGAAUCCGACAGCAUUAUCUUUGAUCAAUCCUCUUCCAGCAUACCGUCAUUUGCUGAUGAGAAGGAAGUCUUCGAUAUGCUGCGACAGUCAUCUCUGGCUUGGGAGCUGGUUAGCGAGCAGGAGUUUAUACAGACGUGUGUUCUGGCUGAGGGAGAGAAGGAGCAAGUUGGUAGCUGCGAGACAACAGAAUCGGCAGUUUUCACUCUCCUCUCACCUCCUGCUUCUCUCCUACAGAGUUGCAUCCUCACCAGCCAAACACAAGUUCAUGAACUUCUUGAAGCAAUCCCUACGGGAGCACAGUUCCUUGAUUGGUUCCUGACUUUCAGCACUGAGUUGCACGGCUUCAGUCUGAAGACACUCUAUCGCCGUUGCGAAGACUUUGUCAGCGGUGACCUGCAUGUUAACGUCGACCCUGACCCUUAUCACACAGUUAGUAACGUCGAAAAAAUGUGUACCUUUUCAAAGCAAAGAGCCUCUUCCAUUGCGCAGCAAAACCAGCCCUGCGUCCUGCUCAUCAAAGAUACAACUGAUUGUAAAUACUCGUGGUCUAGGAAAAACUCAUUCUUCAUUUCCGGCGAACCCGAAGUCAUCCUCAUCGGGUGUUCAAACGCUAGCUCCGCACUGAGGAUAGACGAGAGUCUCAACAGAGGUCGAAGUCAGACCUGCGAGACCUUUGACAAUCCCGAACUGACCCCGGGUGGCGACUUCUUCAUUCACACAAUUGAAUUGUGGUCUCUCGGAUAA